AUGCCAGCAAUACGUUCUAAACGUCGCAAAUCAUGCGCACAUCAUAAUGAUUCAAAACAUCAACGAGCUGCCAGUCCAUCACAAGAAUCAGAUGAGGAACUUGAGAAACAGGUUUUGCGCACGGCAUUAGAAAGAACUCUCAACAUUUCAACAGAUCCGGACUCCACCAAAAAACAACUGUUUGAUCUUUACAAGCGCAAUCUGCACAAGCUAUCACCAGUACCGACAGCUAUGUACCCAAUACAAGCGAAUGAUCUAUUACAGCAAUUGUCCACUAUCAAUUUCAAUCAUACUAAUGCCACUUCUCAACCAGUAACAACAGCGGCAACAACAACAACAUCGGCAGCAGGUCGUACAGAUGAUCUACCAACAUCAGCAACAGCAGCAGCAAAAGAAUUUAUAGAUACUGUCCGUAAGUUUUCGAGGGACACCAAUCCUGAUCCAUCACAUUUGCUAUAUGGUCAACCCACCACUGUUGCUGCUACCGUGAGUGAUGUCAUUUUUGUUAAUCCUAAACUAAAGAGUCUUAUCUUGUCUGGCUGCUAUAUAAACUUAGCGCUGCUGUUGCUACCAUAUGACGGAUCACAACCUAAAGAUUUCGACAUAGACACAGGGAAAGUACUUCUUCUGCCGAGAUCAAGUGGUGAUCCUCGUUUGCGUCGGAUACUAACGCUACCAGAAUUUUUAUUGGUAUGGUCAAAAUAUACAACCAUUUUUUGCGAAGUGUAUGAACAAAGGAGAUAG